UGACACCACGCUGAAUUUUCUCUUCUCUCCCCAAUUUCCUGGCUACCGCCAAGUGCAGCAGGAGCUGCCGGCCCGCACCAAUGGCUCAGCACCCACUGCUCCGGCACUGGCCCGCGACGCCCUCCACACCAAGAUGGAGCAGCUGGAGGAGCAGCUCCUCUCCAAGAUCCUGACCCUGCAGAAGGAGCGCCAGGCCGCCAACACUGACCGCAGCCAGCAGCAGCACGACAUCGAGAAGGAGCUGAACUCCCUCCAGAACCGGGUGACAGAGCUGGAGCACGGACCACCAGGAUACAGCCCUCCCGAUGCCUUCAAGGUGACCAUCCCGGUGCAGAACAACUACAUGUACGCCCGCAUGAAGAAGAGCCUGCCGGAGCUCUACGCCUUCACCAUCUGCAUGUGGCUGAAGUCCAAGGCCUUAGCGGGGCUCGGCACCCCCUUCUCCUACUCCGUCCCAAGCCAAGCCAACGAGAUAGUGCUGCUGGAGUGGGGCACCAACCCCCUGGAGCUGCUCAUCAAUGACAAGGUCAGCCCGCUGCCGCUAAGCCUGAAGGACAAGGCCUGGCACCACGUCUGCGUGGCCUGGACCACCCGGGACGGCAAGUGGUCGGCGUACCAGGACGGCGAGCAGCGGGGUGCUGGCGAGAACCUGGCCUCCUGGCAUGCCAUCAAGCCCCAGGGCGUCAUCAUCCUGGGCCAGGAGCAGGACACGCUGGGCGGCCGCUUUGACGCCACGCAGGCCUUCGUGGGGGAGCUGGCGCAGUUCGGCGUGUGGGACCACAUGCUGGCGCCGGCGGAGAUCCUGGGCUUGGCCAACUGCACCUCCCACCUCCAAGGCAACGUGAUCCAGUGGGACGACCAGGCCGUAGAGGUCUUCGGGGGGGCCAGCAAGGGGGGCUUUGCGGCCU